AUGGACACAACCGAAGAACUACACCAUGAAAUUAUAGAACUUCAAUGCAAAGAAGAAAGCUUACGGGCUGAAAACACCGCUUUACAAAAAGCAGUCGAAGAGCAAGCCACCCUGAUACAAGAGCUGUACCUUGAAAAAGAAGGAGAAAAAGAGGAAGAAAAGGUAGCCAACUACGCCGAAUACGUCAAAACCCUCCAGGUCGAUCUCAAGCAAGCCCGCCACCAAAUCGAGUACUACAAAGUCCUCGCCGAGGACUCGCAGCGGCGUGCAAACCGCUAUCAGGAGUCUCUAACGCAAGCCACAAAAGACCAGGUAGCAGCCAGCCAACUAGAAGCGCAGAACGAGCAACUCCAACGCGAACUCGUGCAGCACAAAUUCACCAUUUACAAAUUGCGAUCGGAAAAUGAGCUUGCGGCUGAGAACUUUGCGCGCUUGCGCGAUCGCGACAAGAAGGCUUUGGCAGCGUGUGAAAUCCGACUGGCGGACCUAGUCUCGCAUGCGUGCGAGGUAGAGACGGAGAGUGAGGCCUUCAGCGAUGUUUUCACGAAUUUGAUUGAUACGCUUGAGAACGAGAAUGUGGUGGCUAGAUCUCUGCUUAACGAUCGAGCGGCGCUGCUCAACAAGAUGGAAGUCUUGUACAGCGUAGUUGGCUUGUUUCAGGCGCUGUCGGAUCCGCAUAGGACUACAAUUGGGAGUCUGCCGCCAGACCUAGAUGCAUUGAUGACCGGGGCGUGCGACGACUUGCAUGCGUACCGAGAGAUCCAUGGAAUGCUUUCGAAUGUUGGAGGCGCGGCGCAAGAUCAGAUUCGCAAGGAGCUUGGUGGUAUGUCUGAAAGUGCGGGUGGUAUGCUUACGAGCUUACACUACAUCAAGAGGGAUGUUGGGGCUUUCUUGGCCCGUCUGCAUGCGGAGCCGAGAGCCUGGUUCACCAUGAAGGCAAAGUUCGGAAGCAUCUGGCGGUAG